AGAUUUAGUAAUCGACGUUUGAUUUUUCAGGCACACAUUCAAGAGCUAUUCGGAUUGCAGAGGGUGAGCACUGACAAGAAAUCAGGAGAGUUGCGUUCGCUGGUGGACAAAUUAGUAUCGCAUGUUCGAGCCUUGCAUUCGUUGGGUACGAUCGAACAAAUAGCUGAUUGUUUGCUUCAGUAUAUCGCUGCACAGAAAUUAGAUCCCGAAACACACGCAUUGUGGGAAGAAAAGAUUCCAGUUGAGGAGUUACCCACGUGGACGGAUAUGGCUACGUUCUUGCAGAGGAGAUGUCAAACAUUAGAAAAUGUGACUCAUGCUAUGGUAACAAAAACACCUAGCACACAGGUGAGCUAUACAAAGUAUCGUAAAAAUGCGUUUGUUGUUUCUAAGACUUCCAUCAAAAGUUGUGCGAUUUGUCAAAAGCAUGACCAUAUUGUGUACACGUGCCCACUAUUCGCAAGUUUGAGUCCAAGUGACAGGUGGAAGGAAGCCAAAAGAGCACAUCUGUGCAUAAAUUGUCUCAAACCAGGACAUCAGGUGCAGCAAUGUAAAUCUUCUACAUGUCGUUGUUGUUCCAUGAAGCAUCAUACCCUGCUGCAUUUUACUCAAGUCCACCCAGCCGCAACUGGUAUUUCUGAAACCACACCUGGUCCAUCACAGCCAGCUGUCCUCGUCACAAGGACAUCAAAAAGUCGCUCACCUUCGCCUCAGUCACGCUCUUGUUCAACUGAAUGUGUGCUUCUUGCAACUGCUAUUGUUUUCGUUCGCAACAGUGUCGGAUCGCUAAUACCAUGUCGCGCGAUCCUCGAUUCUGCUUCACAAAUCAACUUUAUAACGACGAGAUUAGCAAAUAAAUUACAAAUUAAAAAAUCUAAAUCAUCGUUAGCAGUUUCCGGUAUCGGAGAUUCGGAAUUUAUUAUUAAUUCUAGCGUCAACAUUUCAAUUCAUUCUGUACAUAACAGCUUCAGUGCCAAUUUAGAAUCUGCCGUAACUCCAACAAUCACCGAUUAUCAGCCAAAUUAUCCACUCGAAAUCUAUGAUUGGGAUAUUCCAGCGAAUAUCAACUUAGCUGAUCCCGAGUUUCAGAAGCCCCAACGUGUGGAUCUUCUCAUAGGUGCAAGCAUAUUUUUGAUUUGCUUUGCAUUGGUCAAAUUCGUUUAA